CACAGCUUUAAUGGACAUGUGUCCAUGUACCUUAUCAUCAUCACAAACUUUGAAUAAUGCUCCUCCACCUUCUCAGAUUCCACCUUGUGGAACAGGUCUGAUAGUCCCAUUGUCAUUAUCAGGUAUAUAGUUAUUUACCUAAAUUAAUCCCUAUGUAUCACCAUGUUAUAUUAAUAGGGGCAGCAAAAAUGCUAUCAUGAGACUCUAACAAAUGCAAUUUUUGAAUUGCAUAAUUAGAGUGAACAAAAGUAUGCCAAUGACGAAUCGUCCAAACACUGGCAACAACUUUGAAGAGAAUGAAGCUUUGAAAAGAAUUCAAACGACUCUAUAGCAGAGAAUAUGACAUAAAGGACGAGUUAAAUUAUGGCGAGUCGCUAUUCUUAAAGAAGAUGAAAAUGGAAGUUACGAAUUGGUUGGCGGAUGUAGAGAAUCUUAGAAAUGAUUUCCCUUGUUCUGAAGUAGCAAGUGAGGAUAGUUUGUCACCACAACUGUAGGUGGAUAUACUGAAGCGAGAAGCAUAUGACCUUAUGAGACAUGGCAAUUUCCCAAAUGGACUAUUUGAGGCGAGAGAGACCAAAGUUGGUAAAUUGUUAGAAGGAAAGAUGGUGGGAGAGGCAUUUCAGAGAAAUAUUACAAAAGUUUUAGAGUACCUAGUAGGGAAUCAAGUAUCCCGACUAGGCAUUUAUGGAAUGGGGGGUAUUGGUAAAACGACUAUUAUGAUGCACAUACGUAAUAGACUCCUUGAGAAAGCAAACUAUGGCAAUGUGUUGUAGAUCACUGUGUCCCAAGAUUUUAACACACAAAAGUUGCAGGACGACAUUUGGGAGGCAUUAAGUUGAAGCAUUCCACGAGAAAAGGAUGUGAGGAAACGAGCAACAAUCUUGUCCGAUUGUUUAACCAAAAGAGGGAAGUCAAUAAUGAUCCUCGAUGAUGUGUGGGAACGUUUUGAUCUUGAAGAGGUGGGAAUCCCUGUUAGAGCAAAUGAAUUUAAGUUGGUCUUAACUACUCGAUCCUUUGAUGUAUGUUGCCAUAUGCAUUGUCAAGAGAAGAUAAAAAUUGAACCUCUCUCUCAAGAAGAAGCCAAGAGUUUAUUUAUGGAGAAGCUUGGAUCCGAAGUGGCACUUAAUUUGGAAACUGAAGUAGUUGCCAAGUCCAUUGUUGAAGAUUGUGCAGGCUUGUCGCUUGGAGUCAUCAUGAUGGUAACAAGCAUGCGAGGAGUGACUGAUGUGUUUGAAUGGAAGGAUUGCUUGGUGAAAUUGAAAGAAUCAAAUAUGGGAGAAAUAGAUAUGGAAAACAAGGUCUUAAUGACUUUAAAAUUUAGUUACAAUCACCUUGGUAAUCAUGAAGUUCAACAGUAUUUCUUAUCUUGUGCGUUUUAUCUAGAAGAUAAUUUGAUUGAUAAGUUCGAGUUGAUAGAAUUCUUUAUUGACUAAGAAUUGAUUGGUGGAUUGAAUACGAGGGAGAAACAAUAUAAUAGAGGCCUCACCAUACUUAACAAACUGGGAAAUGUUUGCCUAUUGGAAGAUAAUGGGAGCGAAAUGAAGAUGCACAAUUUGAUUAGAGACAUGGCAUUGCACAUCAUGAGCGCGACUUCGAUUGUAAAAGCACGAAAUGGGUUGACAAGGAUAGUACCAAAGGAAUAUUGGACGGAUGCUUUGGAGAAAGUUUUUGUAAUAGAGAAUCAAAUUAGAAAAUUUCCAUUGAACAUGUCACCAAAUUGUCCUAAGCUAUCAACUUUUCUAUUGAAUAGAAGCAUGUUGACGGAUGUGGUCAUUCCCGAUUCUUUCUUCAAACAAUUAUGGGGGCUAAAGGUUCUAAACCCGAGUGAAUGUCCACUAACAGAACUUCCAAAUUCCAUCUCAAACUUAGUAAACUUGAUAGCACUAUUGCUCAGAGAUUAUUGGAAAUUGCGCCGUAUUCCUUAUUUAGGGAAGCUCAGAUUUUUUAGAAAGUUGGACAUUUAUGGGUGUCAUUGUCUUGAAGCGCUCGAGGGUCUGGAAAUGUUGGUGAACUUGAGAUACCUUGACCUAACUAAUACACGUACAAAGAGAUUAGCCAAAGGAACACUGGGGACUAUGCUAAACUUACAAUAUCUUAAAGUUCAGGUAGUAAAUACAGAAGACAUUGCAAGAUUGAGGGCAUUGGAGACACUUAAAUGCUACUUUGAAGAUGUGGAUGAUUUCAACAAGUGUGUGAAGUUUAUUAAGCAAAGUAAUCAUCGCUAUUACAUGCUCAACGUGGAUAAAGAAAUAUCAAAGUUUUAUGUGGAAGUAUAUGAUGAUGCUCGAUUUGGGAAUUUGGAGUGUAUUGUCCACAUUUAUAAGUGGAGUCAUGCUAUUGUGAGCGUGGGAAGGCAAUGUAGUGGCAUUUGCCUUUUGAUUCCCCAAGAUGUGCAAACACUGACAUGGAGAAAAUGCGAUGGUACAACAAAUUUGUUUGACAUGGGUCCGCUUGAAAACCUUGAGGAGCUAAAAAUAGAAGAAUGGAAAAACUUGAGGGUUCUGCGUCGAGGACAAGAUGAAGAAAUAAUCGACAUCCAUGACUCCCCUAGCCCAACUCGUGCCCCUCCCCUCUUCCGAAGCCUUGGGGUUGUGAAAAUAUAUCAAUGUCCGAAAUUAAAGUAUCUAUUUGGGCAUGGGUCUAAAUUCUACCUUCCGCAUCUACAAUUAAUUGAAAUACGUAAUUGUGAGGAAAUGGUAGGGAUAAUAGCAGCAGUUACAUCAUUACCUCCACAUUCGUCCCUGGCCUUCCCUAGUCUAACAGAUAUAGAAGUUCGACAUUGUGAUAAAAUGAAGAGAGUGGUGGAAUCCGAGUGGCUGCCCCAUUUCCCUAUUCUGAGAGAUAUCACGGCCUAUUGUUGUGAGGAGAUAAUGGGAGGUCCUCCCCCAUACAUGCUAGUUGGAGAGAUUUCUCUCAAAUUGCUUGCGGUACAUGGUUACAAUAACAUGAGAAAGCUGUUUCCACAUGAGUGGUUGAUCCAUCUUCGAAAUCUUCAAAGUAUCUGUGUCACUUUCUGCAAAGGAAUGGUGGAGAUGAUAAGCGGAGCGGGACAAGGCCAAGAAGGAAGCAUAAUGACUCCUAUAAACAACACCCCUUCAUCGUUCCACUCUUCAAUUUCUCUCCCAAAGCUGAAGCGCUUGAUUCUAUUCCAUCUACCCCAGCUGAAGAGCAUGUGUGAAGUCCCAAUAACUUGCUAUUCCAUGAAAUUAAUACAUGUGUUCAAAUGCCCUAGACUAAAUAGGAUUCCUUUGCAACUUCGAUUACCCGACAUCGAGGACCUUCCGUGUAUAGAAUUGGAAGAUGAGGAAAAGUGGAAGACACUGAUAUGGGACCGUCCUGAUGCUCAGGCUAUUCUUCAACCUUAUUUUAUUUUCUAUGGCAAUUGUUGGGUUCUACAAGGCAGGUCCCAUUAAUGAGAGUUAUUGAUAUAAUUUCCUUCACUUCUUAAA